GGAUCUGGAAUUCUCACCUGACUUUAAAAUAUUCCACACAAUGCACGAGAGUGUGCACGUUAGACAGUUUCUUAUGAAACUACGUCCGGAAUUUGAGCAUUGCAGGGCUGCUCUCCUGAACCGUAACCCAACUCCUUCAAUGAAUUCGAUUAUUAAUGAUUUAUUAGCUGAGGAACAACGACUGCAGGUCCUCUCUCAGGGGACAUCUCAAGGACCAUCUGACAUGACACUUGUUGUAUCCACCUCUACACCAAACCAUGGUUCCACUCCUUUAACUUGUCGCGGCUAUAACAAAGUGGGACAUGCCGUCGCUCAGUACAAAGAUUGGUGCGCUUAUUGUCGAGGGACUGGUCAUGGUAUUCAGGAUUGUCGUUCACGUGCCUAUGCAUCUUCAUUCGGCCGUGGACGUAGUGGUCGAGGUCGUGGUCGUACUUUUUCUGCUACUUUUGCGACUACUUCUUCCGAGUCUUUUGUUAGUGAUACUGCAUCCACUGAUUCUGUUGAAGGUCUUUCCUCACCUUUGACUUCUGCGAUGCUCCAGCAGAUUGUGCAGGCCCUUUCUGCGGCCGGUAUGUCAGGAUCUGGCAACGGAGAGGGUACUUGGGAAGGGUAGGCGGCAUGGAUGUUUGUACGUGCUGGACUUUCACCCAUCCGUUACUCCAGCUCGUUGUUUGUUCUCUCCAUCUUCCUCAGAUAUUUGUUCGGCAAAUAAAAUAUGAAAACUCUGGCACUUUCGCGUGGGUCAUCUACAUUCUGAUCAUUUGAUUCAACUGUUUUCUUCUGGCAUGUUAGGGAAUAUUUUUCUUAAUAAAAGUAAUUUGGAUUAUUCUU